AUGCUCUCCAAUAUCAAGCGCACAUACAGCGCUCGCCGUAACCGCGUUCACCCUCCCUCAUCGCCCGUCUCUGGCUUGUCAUCAUCUCCAGCACCGGCCCCAAGCAAAAAGAGACCACUUCAAGAACGCUCGAACGUUAGCCCGCCACCCGCCAAACGCGCGAAAAAGGAGCCUUCAAAGUCUAGACAGAAGAGUCUAACUCAACUUCACUUUUGCAUUGACCAAUCUAUCUUACGGACGUGUUCGAUCUGCGCGCUGUCGUACACCAAAGGCGUACCAGACGACGAGGCAUUGCAUCGGGCGCAUUGUAAUCGCGUACAGAAAGGCAUGGAGUGGGGAAGAGAAGAACGGCGAGAGAAUGAAAAAGCUGGUAUUGUUGAGGUGGCCAGCGGUGUCAUGCUUAAGGAUGGUACACGAGGCAGAAUUAUUAGCGUCAGGGCAGACGCAGGAGGAAAAGUUGGAUCAAAACUAUCAACACUAUUCGAUACCAUCAAUAUAACGCUAUCAUCGCCUGCACUCCCUCGUGAAACCUUGCAGGCAUCCAGAGCGUUUCUCUUCCUAGUGCCAGCAUCCGAAAUCGCUUCUACACGGGAAAAGAUUGUCGGAUGCGUCAUUGCGGAGAGAAUUUCUACAGCUAUGGCUAUUGCUGAACCAAACGGGGACGCUGAAGCUGAAUCUACCAACUCGCCUCCAUCUACAAACACCGAAUCCCUCGUAGUGGUCGACACUGACACAGGAAUCUUCUGCCAUCCCGAACCCCUCCCUACGCCACUCGGCAUUCCUCGUCUGUUUGUCUCCAAAGCACAUCGACGACAGGGCAUCGCAAGUAAGCUGCUUUCUGCAGCGGCAAGAACGUCUAUACAGGGCUGCGUGCUCGACCCUAGGAAAGGGCAGGUAGCGUUCACGCAACCCACUGGGGACGGCAAUGCUGUCAUGCGAAGAUGGGGAGGAGGCGGGGUAAGGAUCUAUGCAGAGUGA